UUUCCUUGGGGCCUUUAAAAGAAGUGUUCUGCCCUGAGAAGCAGUCUUGAAAUUUAGCUGAGGGGGACAAGUCUGAAACUUGAAGCAGGAUGGCUUCUGCAGAAGAGAAUGAAAUUAUUAAAACUUUAUGUCAACAUCAGUAUGGAUUUCUCAUUUCAAAGAUUAUGUUUUCAGCCUGUGAGUUGGGAGUUUUUGAUCUGCUUUUGGAGUCAAAAGAGCUCCUGAGUUCAGCAGUUAUCGCUGAACGCUUGGGCACCAGCCACCCAGAAAUGCAAAGGCUGCUGGAGGCCUGUGUGGGCUUAAAGUUACUAAGAAUGGAGAGGAAGGACAACGAAGGCCUUUUUGGAAAUACAGACCUUGCCAGCCUCUGCCUUGCUAAAUCAAGCCCAAGGACCCAGUAUUAUUUCAUGAAGUUUCUAUCUGAUAUCGUUUAUCCAACUUCACAGUACUUGACUGAUGCCGUAAGGGAAGGAAAAAGACAGAUUCAAUCUGCGCAUGCCACUGCAGCAAAUGACCUUUUUGGAGCAGUUUACAGUACAGAAGAAAGGCUGCAAAGAUUCUCCAUUGCUAUGGGUGAUGCCUGGUGCCUAUAUGGUCAGGAACUGUUGUCUGCAUUUGAUCUUUCCUGUUUCCAAGUUGUUUGUGAUGUGGGAGGAGGAAAUGGUACUUUAGCCAAAGAGUAUAUUUCGUUGUACCCAAAAGCUACUGUGACGAUUUUUGACUUACCUAAAGUAGUAGAAGGAGCAAAGAAACAGUCUGUGGCCUCAGAGGAAUGCCAGAUUUCCUUCCAGGGAGGUGACUUCUUUAAAGAUCCAGUCCCUGAAGCUGAUCUGUAUAUUUUGGCCAGGACCUUGCAUGAUUGGGAUGAUGAUACAUGUGAGCAACUGCUAACUAAAAUAUACAAGGCCUGCAAACCUGGUGGUGGAGUGUUGGUAUUGGAAACAGUUAUCAAUGAAGACAGAACCGGACCUUUGGUAGGUCAGAUUCGUUCCAUAAUUGUGAUGCUUCUUACUGAAGGAAAAGAACGGACUGAAUCCGAGUUCAAUGCCCUCUUCAAUGCAGCUGGCUUCAAGGAGAUUCAGUCCAAGAAAGGAAAUAAUUAUGGUGCCAUUUUGGGAAGAAAAUAAUCCUGCUUCUGUUUCCUUUAUUCUAAAAUGGAUGGUAAACCUGUAACUCUCCAUAUCUUGUUGGACUCCAGUACCUAUCAGCCCCAGCCCCUAGUUGGGAGAGAUGAUUAGAAAAAUUCGUUCAUCAAGAUGUAGAAUUCCAUUUGUUGCCUGUCCACAAACCUCUGGGCUCCCUCCAAAUCUCCUUUUACAGAUUUGUGUAAUUUUAAGGGCGCUCAUGAUAGGAAAGGAAUUAGCUCCUGUUCUUAACAAUGGUGCCCAGAUUUUCUGUGGUAAUUCUCCCACCCAUGCAGUCACUGGAUACAGCAGUGUGUUUGGGUGUAUUUGCACUAUAGGAUUAAUAUAAUUUGACCCCCCCCCCCUUUAAUUGCCAUGGUUCAGUGCUAUGGAAUCUUGGAAUUUGUAGUUUGGUGAUGCACUAGUACUGUAGCAGAGAAGGUGAAGGGCAUUGUAAAACUACAUUUCCCAUGAUUCCAUAGCACUGAGUCAUGGCAGCUAGUGGGGUCAAAUUAUAUUCUAUUGUGUAGAUCAGAUAUGGGCAAAUUUUUUUACCUUGGGGCUGGGAGGGCCGGGCCAGGAGGGAGGGGGGACGGGCACGGGUCAUCCUCAGGUUGUCCUUCUAGCAUAAGGACGGGCUGCUUGUCCCCUUCUUAUGCUGGGAGGAAGGUGGGACAUGCAGCGACUGCCUCAAUCAUCUUUCCCAUCCUCCUCCCCCGAUCCUCAGGCUGUCCUCUUGGCAGAAUAUUGAGAGGAGGGUGAGACAAGACGUUGACUGAGUGUGCUUUGGAGGGCUCUCGAGCCAUCCUCCCGGCAUAAGGAUGGGAUUGCUCUCACCAUCCUUAGGGCGAGAAGAGGGUGAGACACAUGGUGGCUGAGAGCGCUCCAGGGGCUCUCAGCUGCUAUGUGCCUCCCCCCCCCCCAUCUUUAUGGCAUAAAGACAUGGUGGGCCAUCAUAUCCUUAUGCCAAGAGGACAGGGAAAAUGAGGAGGGCCUGAGGUAAGGACCUUAGUUUGCCCAUAGUUUGCCCAUGGGCCUUAGUUUGCCCAUGCCUGGUGUAGUUACACCCCUAUUUUGAAAAAGAAAUCUUAGUUUGCCUUAGUUUGCCCAUGGGCCUUAGUUUGCCCAUGCCUGGUGUAGAUACACCCCUAUUUUGAAAAAGAAAUCUACUAUUUUCAAACAGGAGCUAAGAGCCUACUUAUCUACUAAAUCCCUUGUCAGUGUCCAGAAACACUGAAGCAAUAACAGUUUGGUUGUUAUUAUUUGAAUUCAGAUUGCUUUCCAGUCUUCUUCUGUUUAUUUUUCUCUUCAGGCAAAAAUAUUCCCAUUAUCUUCUUUAAAUUAUGAAUAUCUUUGUCAUCCUAUGAUGACAUUACUUCCCUCUUGUGGCCAUAUAAAGAAAUACAAAUUAUUCAACAAGGCUAAUACAAAGAUUGGGCUCACUGGGACAGAAUGCGUUAGAAUGGCAUAUCUGAUAGGUAAACCCUAACUGUUUGGCAGCCACAGUGAUUGAAUAUGCCCUUUCACUUUGACCAUUGUGGGUUACACCAUAGAAUGUAUCUUUCCAGGAAUUCCCAAUAGCCAUGCUGGCUGAAGCAUUGUAGGAAUUGUAGUCCAAGGAAAUAAUUGGAGUCCAUAGUGAGUGAAAAACAAUAUAAAUAAAUAAACAAAAAACCUUUUGGAAGUGC